AUGACAAGAAAUAUCGAUAGAUUUGAUCCUCAUGAACAUGAAAGUCCAAGCUCUUGUCUUAACGUUGGUCAUCCUAUUGGAGGAAAGAGAAAGGGUGAAGCAAUUUCGUUGGAUUUCAAGUCAAGGAGUUUAGCCCAUCGUUACAUCUUAUUCAAUCAUGAAGAUGUCCAAAAAUUUAUAAGUGAGCAUGAAAAUUUAAAUUCCAACAAGAGAAAGGGAUGGAGCAAGGCAAAGAGUCAAGGCUUAGAUUUUGUUGAAUGGUUUAGGAAGCGUGCAUUGUUAAGUGGUGUAUCAGGAAACCUUAGGACGCUAUCCAGAGGACCAAAUAAAAUUGCACGAAGUUUUUAUGGCUAUGUAAUUAAUGGAUAUAGGUUUCAUACAAAAGGACGUGAUGCUAGACGUAAAACACAAAACAGUGGUGUGACACUAGCGGCAAUAACUGAAAGUUAUUCAAGUACCAAAGAUGAAAAUCCAAUAACACAAUCAAUAACAUACUAUAGAUUAAAUACAUAA